GAAAGACUAUAAUGCGACAACUACUACUAUGUCGAAUUCAAUAGAAUCACGGAUUAGAACUUUCGACGAAAUAUUAGAACAAAAACAGGAUGUUGAAGACUAUGAAACUGAAAGUUCACGGGAACAGGAUUCUGUAGAACGUAAUGUACUUGAAGCAUAUAGAUUAGGGCAGCCCAUUUUAAGAAAACAUCUACAUAUGCUAUUUUUAGAAAGCUGCUUGACUAAUCUUAACGAAGAUCACGAAUGCUUGGACUGUAGCAGGCCAUGGUUGUGUUAUUGGAUUAUACAUUCUCUUCAAAUCUUAGGAAAACGUUUAAGUGACAGUGAAUAUUCAAAAAUUGCUGGCUUUUUGGCUAAAUGUCAAUCACCGGAAGGAGGAUUCGGUGGAGGUCCUGGGCAAUAUCCUCAUUUAGCAUCUACGUAUGCAGCAGUAAAUGCAUUAUGUAUCAUUGGUACCCCUCAAGCUUACCAAGUAAUCGACAGGAAGGGACUUAAACGGUUUUUUCUAUCUUUACGUGAGGAGGAUGGUUCUUUUCGUCUACACACAGAUGGAGAAGUAGACAUGCGGGGAGUAUAUUGUGCUGCUGCAAUAUCCAAAUUAACAAAUGUAUGGACUCCAGAAAUGUUCAAAGAAACCGAAAAUUGGAUAGCUCAAUGUCAAACAUGGGAAGGUGGUUUUGGAGGUACUCCUGGCAUGGAAGCUCAUGGAGGGCAUACAUAUUGUGGUUUAUCAGCGCUUGUGAUUCUUGGAGGAAUUCACCGCUGUUGUAUGAAGUCAUUGCUGAGGUGGAUAGUAAAUAAACAAAUGCGUCUAGAGGGUGGAUUCCAAGGGAGGACAAACAAAUUAGUAGAUGCUUGUUAUUCAAUUUGGUUAGGUGGAAUUUUCCCAUUGGUUCACGGAAUUUUAAAACACUUUGAUGAAGAAUAUAAUAGCGAAUAUUGGUUGUUUGAUCAAACGGCCUUACAAGAAUAUUUAUUAUUUUGCUGCCAAGAUAAUUACGGCGGUCUUCUGGAUAAACCCAAAAAAUUUCGAGACAUAUAUCAUACAUGCCAUGCACUUUGUGGAUUAUCAGUUGCACAAAAUUCUCCAAAGAUGUUGGUAAUUGAAUGUGAUGGUUAUAAAGACUCCAAUAGACUGGAAGUAAUUGAUACUAUAUUUAAUAUUGCGUGUGAUUCUCUUUGUAAGGCAAAGGAUUACUUUUAUAGUUUGCCAAUACCUGACUGA